GGCCGUCCGCCUUCGUCCACAUCCCUAAUCACUACCACGCAAUGCGCUCGGCACCACGCAGUGCAUGGCACGCAACGAACGAACAGAGGAGUCAGUCCAUCGAUCGUCAUAUUCACAUAUCUACAGGGAUACUAUAGGAUAUUAGAAAAUGGUGGUGUCACCUCACCUGGCCACCAGCUGCAUUUCAAUCUCGUAGCUACCAGAGGGAAGGUUUAGCCAGAAGCUGUCGCCGUGGCCAUCUACCUCCCCACACCUCCCCUCCGUCAGCACGUAGCCUUCCUUCACUCUCUCAUAGCACUCCCACGCAAACGACCUCGGUUCGCUCGAUCUGGCUUCGUCAUCCUCGUCCUCCGACUCAUCGUCCGGAGGCAAGGACGCGCACAGAUCGAACUUGGCCGGUCGCAGCAUCUGCACAAACUUCAAAAAGACCCUCACGGCCGCCUUGCUGCGUAGGCGGGGGCAGGCCAGGUGCUCUAUCCUAGGUAAGCGCAGGCCCCACGCAGAAGGCAUGCUGUAUGGCCACCUGUCGGGCCACUCCCAACUGUAUAUAUGAGCGCCAGGGGGGUGGGCAAAAUCGACCUUGUCUAGCUGCUUGAGAGAGAGGUAGGAGAUGAGCUCACAGCCUACGGCUAAGCUAGGCAGAAAGCGAAAAAAGACUCCCUUGAGUCUCGUCAAGCCCCCGACGAGGGCUCAGCUUGGAUGGGGCAGAGGGCAGACCAGAGAGAGAGAAGUGGGCAGUCACCUCCACACUCAGUUGCUCGACAUGCGGGAAGGAUCGGCUGGGCGCCGUCUGCCCCCCUCCCUCCCUCUCGGUCAUCCACUCGGGGAUGCUGUCCACCAGCCUCGUGGCAGUCACGCUGCUGUCGGCUUUGAUGACGAGGGUCUUGGCCUUGGGGAAGACGAGCUUGUCACGCCACGAAGGGUGGAGCGCCAUGCCACCGAGCUCUAACUCAACCUGAGGCACACGCAGACAAAAAAGAUGCUUCUCUGUCAGCUCCUCUCUCCCUCCCUCCCUCCGCUGUCUGCCCAUUCCUACCUCUGUCGCCUCUGCUGGCAGCUGUGUGACGAUCUCGCUGUAGGGACCGCCGGGAGCUGGCAGGGCGUUGGCACCUUCCCAGCUGCAGUUGAUCGAUAGCUCGCCGCGGUUAGGCCGCCACUCGACCUGGCAGUUCACCUCUGCCGCCCACUUGUUGAUCCCCUCUGCGCCGGCCGCGGCCGCCCCCUGCCCGAAGCUCACGUCGAUCGACGCAAACUUCAAAACGAGGCCCAGCUUCUUGCCCACGUCUGCACACACAGAAGAGCAGAGAAGCAAAUCAAAACACGUGAUGGUCGUAUACGGCUUGAUCAAGUCACCCUUGCUCUCUGGUUUGGCCCAGUGUUGAUUGAGCGUCUCUUUGAGCUGACUGACGCGGUCGAUCUCGUCGGGCUCGAAGGCAAUGCCGGUGAUGGUGGUGAUGUGGGGGCAGCCCGACAAGGCGGUGUUGAAGCUGGCCCACGCGCCGGUGAUGAACUCGAUGUGGCUGGCCUCUAGCCGCUCGAUCUUGGGCGACCUCUCAACGAGGCGAGCGAGGGGCUCCGCGUCCUCAGAGCUACUCACGCUGUCGGCUCGGAGGCUCCUGAGGGCGGGGAAGGCCCAGCGACGUUCACUGCAGACAGGGAAGCACAGGGAUGCGGCAAGUGCGUCGUCGUUGCUCAUUUGCUUGUAUACACACCUGACGUGUUCAACGGAUGCAUGGUCUUGGAUAUCCAUGUCCGUCAGUCGUGGGAAGGGGAUCGGAUCCCCUGGGGAGCGCUGGGUUGGAAUGUGCCUGUCACAUGACCAGUUCUCCCACACCCGCAGCUCCUUGAGUGUCGCUCUCGACUCCUCAAGGAACUCAGAUACACACGGCAGAAUGUCAAAUGGGGGCACGUCAGCCGUCUGGAUCUUGCUCUGCACACACACACACAUGAGUGUACACAGAUGGCCAUCAAACCGACCAUCUCCCGCAGCACCUUGGCUCCCAUCUCACCAGGUGACGUAAGUCAUCGAGCUUCUGUAUCCUCUUGUAACUGUUGAUCUCGUCCGCCGUUAUAGUGAACCGCCGGAACACGCCGAAGGUCUCGUCGGUGGCCUUCUGUCUGGUCUCCCUGUUGACUUUGGCCAUCCGGGAACAGGUGUAGGUGGUGAGGAACGACCCCAGAUGGUCACCCAUGACGCCUCAGGCAGACCCGGCAGACACGGACGGCCAUAACCCUGACACAAGGGACACAAAAAGAUGAUGAGGCACCUACGGCAGCAGACAGAAAUGGUGAUGUGGGCCACCUGUGAGCUGCCUCUUUGCUGCUGUGUCCCUCCCGCAGCGCCGCCAACACUAAUCGAUCCACCUGAAGGCACCACACACCACAAGGCAGCACAGCCGUCGUCACGAUGUGUGUCAGUCCAUCGAUGGGCGGCCGGGGUUGUGUGCACCUUCACUACUUGAAGCAACAGCUGCAGCAGCCGGGCUGGUGUCAACACGCGAGCGCUUCCCGUCACCAGUUGACACCUGAGCACAUGAGCCGGUCCGCCUGUGGAUGCACUGACGUGUGUGUCUUUCCACUGACCGCUUUGCUGUGCUGUGCCGCCUUGUCGGUCUCAUUUGAACUCUCAGACAGGCCGGGGGGACGGUCGUUGACAUUGUACAGCCACCGGAAGCCCUUGCCGUUGCUAUCCUUGCGCUGACAUCCACGCAAAUGCACAGACACAAGGACGUGAUUGCUUUGUUUGCGCCGUCUAUUGGUCGCGCGCCUCUCUGCUGGUCACUCCAUCCUUACAUGUGUUACUUGUUCGCUGGGGAUUUGCGUCAGCUCGGUACUGAGUGUGGCGUUGGCGUCGGUGAGGGUCUUGAGCACAUCGGACAAUCGGCCUGCCAGCGAUGCACAGGCCUGCAAACAGACAUACGGACACAGACGGACACAAAUCGGUGCUGCUCGACGGUUGCUGAACGUGUUCGUGCUGACCUCUUUGUUUUUGUCGGUCUGUGGUAUCCUCAGCUUCGCCGCCUCACUACUCGCGGCCAUCUGACAGCUCACCUGCACAAGGCAGCAGAGCCACCAGCAGCUGCGGCAUGUGCCAGCAAGCUCUCUCCUUUGCCCUUUUCGUUCACCGCAUAGAUUUGGUCGAUGACAUCGCGCAGACUGCCAUCGCCACUCGCCCCGCCACCACGCCCCUCUGCAGCACAUCAUCAGACACACACGUGGGUCGCAUCCGCUGUGUGCUUUGAUGCGUCAUGACCUCCGGGGUCAGUUGGGCCGCUAUCACUGCUGUCCAUUGGCGGGAGGACACGAUCAACCAUCUGCACAAAGGAAGGUUAUCAUAGAGAGGGAGCUGCAGCCAUCCUUGUGUGUCUGGUUUGUCAGUUUGCUGGCUCACUGCUCAGGUAGUUUCCGGCGGCCAUCGAUGCAGCAGCCAUCGCAGAGACCCCCGCUGCCCUCAACACGCCCGACCGCCGCGGACGAACCUCAGUCGGAUCUGAAAGCAUUGAUGCCACACAGCCGUCCAGGAAGGGUGCAUUCACACGUUUCUGCUGUCGCUGUCCUGCCAG